GUCUUGAUAGCUCCUUACCCCCGGACUCUCACACCAGCCUGCAUCGUCAUCCCGACGUGACUAGUCUUCUGUCCAACCACCCUUCUGGAGCUCCUUCUUGGUCCCCUGGAGAGAAACAAAGGUCCCCUCCUGGUCUGUACUAGCUCCCUUAGCUUGGCCGCCCAACAGUUGGCAUUGACAAAAGCGUCAUCUUUCUUUUCAUCACCUCCCCCACAGACACUCGUACCCACAUCUCGCUGUCAACCAUGUCGCGCGCAAAUCAGUGGUUUGUGCCUGGUGAAGGCAUCGCGCGAGAAGUAAUCACGGCCGACAUCCAGCGCUACCUGGGCCCAGAUGCGCUCGUCAGGCCUGGCACAGGCACCGGAGAAUACCAGGGCCAGCCCGGCUACUGGAUAACGGCCUAUCGAACCCUCACAUCGCAAAUGAUACAAGACUUGAAAAUGGAUUCCCAACGCUGGCAGCAGGAAAGACAGCCUGGCGAGACGGGCCGCGGAGGUAGCCACAGUCCACAAGUGCGCACUACAAAGGUAUCAGCCGGCCCUAACGCUUCAUUAGUGGCUUAUCAGGACUCUCGCACACAUGCUGCUCGCCAGCAUUGGGGUCCGACAAAACCUUACGAUCACGGCUCAUCGCAUGCCUCUGCCGAUCCCUACGACCAGCCUCGCCAGUCGACAGCCUCGAGGACUCCCGCCUACGGCGCUGGCAGCUACUCCAGCGGUGACCCGCACUACACCACGACCCCCACAUCCACCUAUGGAAGCUCACACCCGGGUUACCAGCCCUCGCCCGCUGCCUCUGCCCCCAGGACAUCGCCUGCGGACCCUUACUCGGCAUACCCACAGCCAGGAGGACGUGACUACCCGGCGCAAUCGCCCUACUCGUCGUAUCCAGCCGCCACUCCUGAUCCAUACGGCCGCCAGGCGCCUUCCCAGUCCGCCCCGUACACUGCCUCAAGGUAUUUUGGUUACUAUGACGAGCCCUUUUUGGUCUAUCGCUAAGCUCCCCCCGUAGUGCCACGGCAGCCGCUCCAGGCUACUACAUCGCCUCGGAUGGUCGGCGUAAGUACUAUUCAUGAUUGCGCUCCACGCAACUAACAUGUUUUGCCUAGAAUACCCCCUGUCACAACAACCGCAGGCGUCACGCAACCCACAGUCUGGCACCUCUAGGUACAGUACCAGAUAGACAUAGCUUCCAAAAAUCUUUCGGCCC